AUGUCAAGGGCUCCCAUUCUGAUAAACGAUCUGGUCAAGGGGAACCAAGUAUGGAAAAUGUUGAUUAGGGUUGUUGAUCUUUGGGUUGUUACUGAGAAAAAUGGCCAUCAACACCUUGAGAUGGUCAUUCAAGAUGUAAAGGCUGAUAAGAUUCAUGUCACAAGUUGGAACAGAGAUUUCACAAAUUGGUCUGAACAACUGAAGGAGCAUGAGACUUAUAUUAUGUAUAACGGAGAGCCCGUGGACAACGAAGGUCCUUUAAAAGUCUGUUCCCACCCACUCAAGAUCGUCCUCAACGGAGGGACUACGAUGAUGAAGGCGGUGUUACCCGACAUACCAACCCACAAGUUCAUUUUUCAUCCUAUUGAAGACUUUCUCAAAGGGAACUACAAGCAUGACAUCUUAUAUGAUGUUAUAGGGGUGUUGCAAGAUGUUGUUAAGACACAAAUGGGCGGUGGUGGUAGGAAAUCUUGCGUCAAUAUUACCUUGCGAGAUGUUGAAGGGAAUGUUAUCGAGGUGGCAUUAUGGGAAACUUACGGCAAAUGUCCACCGGAAUCCAAGACAGCUCGGGGACGGCCUAGAAAUCAAUAUGGAGUUCCAAAUAUGGCGCUUAACUUGUGCAGAAAGAUUCCUACACCAACGAAUACGCAACAAACUGACAUGCAAACUCAGACCUCAAAUGCAAACCCACAGCCUUGGUCUUCAGCAUUCCCAAAACGUGGCAGGGGCAGGCCUAGGAAAAAUACCAGUGCUCCUAACCUCCCUAUGAAUCAUAAUACAGAGGUAUACAGCCAAACAAUUAACAGGAAACAGUCUAUUCCAAGUGAAGUCUGCAGAUCAAGCGAAGUUGUUAAACAAUAUGUCCAUGGAAUUCAAGUACCGCAAAAUAGUGGCAGUCUUGGUCGUGACGAGUAUACGCCGGUCUCAACGCCUACACAUGCUCCCAACAAUCGAAAGACGCCAACAUGUCCAGUUUUUACACCUACGGUCAAUUUGGAUUUUAAUAGCGACUCAGACAGUGAUAGCGACUACGACCCCUUUGCAACAUAUCUAUCAGAGGAUGAGAACUUCUCGGAGGACGAAGAUUAUGAUGCUCCUUUCAUAAUUCAUGAUAAUGCUGCCGGCCAUUCUCAAGAAUAUUACGAUAUCGGAUCCCCCCUUAUUGAGUGCCGUUAUUGUAAAGCGAUGAUGUGGUAUCAAGAGAGAAUGCAUAAAAGUUCUCAUUCCGCCAACCCACAGUUUAUGAUGUGUUGUGGAAACGGGAAAGUUGAACUCCCACUGCUUAGAGAGCCUCCGGAAACCCUUGCAAAACUUUUGUUUGAUCACGAGAGUUUGGUUAGUCGCAAGUUCCAACAACAAAUCCGAGUAUACAACAUGAUGUUUGCAUUCACGUCACCAGGGGCAAAGGUUGACAAUCGAUUUAACAAUGGACGUGGGCCUCCAACACUAAGGAUACAAGGUCAAACAUGUCACCGAAUAGGAAGUUUGUUGCCUCCGCAAGGUCAAAAACCUAAGUUUGCUCAGUUAUAUAUUUAUGACACGGAAAAUGAAGUUGAAAAUCGAAUGCAUGGACUAAGGAACAAAGAAGAUUUUGAUCCGGAAGUUGUCAGUCGAUUAGCAAGCAUGUUGUAUCAAUUCAAUCCUCAUGCUAAAAGUUUUCAAAUGGCUAAACAAUGGUUAAAUAAUGGUGAAACUCCAAAUUUAAAGCUACGGCUCAUUUCAAACCGAUCCACCGAUGGCAGGGUCUAUAAUCAGCCAACCGUGUCUGAAGUGGCUGCUUUGGUUGUUGGUGACAUUGACACCGCAGAAAUGAGGGAUAUCAUAAUGCAGACAAAGGGAGGAAGACUUCAAAGAAUCAACGAGCUUCAUGCCGCUUACAUGGCUUACCAGUAUCCUUUGAUAUUUCCUUAUGGUGAGGACGGUUAUAGACCUGAUGUUGCACAUAGAGACUUGCCCGCCAACGAAAACAGCAUAAGAAAUAGGCUCACAAUACGCGAAUGGCUUGCCUUCCGCAUUCAAACAAGGUUAUGUGAGGCUAAGACUUUGUUAUCUUCGAGAAGGUUGUUCCAACAAUUCCUGGUUGAUGGUUACACGAUGUUAGAAUCCGAGAAACUAGAAUGGCUACGUAAAAAUCAACCAAAGCUUCGAGUGACAAAGUACAACUCUUUAGAGAAAGAAGGCGAUCAAAGUCAGGCGCCAGGAAUAAGCAUAGGUAAGCGAGUUGUUUUGCCUUCUUCCUUUGUUGGCGGCCGUAGGUUUAUGGAUCAGUUGUAUUAUGAUGGGAUGGCUAUAUGCAGUAAAGUCGGAUUUCCCGAUUUGUUUAUUACUUUUACAUGUAACCCAAAUUGGCCGGAGAUUCAAAGGGUUCUUGGACCUCUACAUUUGAAGCCUCAAGAUCGUCCGGAUGUCAUUUCAAGAGUUUUCAAAAUCAAAUUCGAUCAACUCCUUUCAGAUUUAACCAAAAAAGGAGUUCUUGGAAAAGUGCUUGCUUAUAUGUACACCAUUGAGUUCCAAAAGAGAGGAUUACCUCAUGCCCAUAUAUUGCUGUUUUUGCAUCCUUCAAACAAAUAUCCAACGCCCGAUGACAUUGACAAGAUCAUUAGUGCGGAAGUACCAGACCCCAGAAGACACCCUCGGUUAUACAAUUUGGUAAAAUCUCACAUGGUCCAUGGUCCUUGUGGUUUUGCAAAUCUCAACUCACCUUGCAUGAAGGAUAACAAGUGCACCAAGUUUUAUCCUAAGAAAUUUCAGCCUACGACUAUAGUGGAUCACGAGGGAUAUCCGGUUUAUAGGAGAAGAAACAACGGACACACAAUUGAAAAGCACGGCAUCAUCUUUCAUAGUGGUCAUGUGGUUCCUCACAAUCCAAGUUUGCUGUUGAAAUACGAAGCCCACAUCAACAUGGAAUGGUGCAACCAAAGUACUUCCAUUAAAUACCUUUUCAAAUAUAUCAACAAAGGUUCGGACCGUAUUUCUGCAAUCAUACAAGGACAGGACAAAAACAACGUUGACGAGAUCAAGCAAUAUUUGGAUUGUCGAUACAUCUCCCCGAGUGAGGCAUGUUGGAGGAUCUUUUCUUAUUCUAUACAUGGAAGGAAGCCCGCUGUAGAGAGACUGUUUUUUCAUUUGGAAGGUGAAAACUCCGUGUACUACAAAGACUACGAGCAAGUUGGUGAUGUUUUACUCAAACCAAGUGUCACCGAGUCAAUGUUUACAUCUUGGUUUGAGGCAAACAAAACUUACGAGGAAGCAAGAUUGCUAACUUAUGGUGACUUCGUUUCUAAAUUUGUUUAUCAUAAAAGAAGUCGGACUUGGAAGCCAAGGAAAAGAGGAUAUACCAUUGGUCGACUCAUUUGGGUUCCUCAAAGCACUGGUGAGUUGUUUUAUUUAAGAAUGAUGCUCACUGUCACAAAGGGUCCUUUGUGCUAUAAAGACAUUAAGAAAGUUGAUGGAAAGCAACUAAAAACUUAUAGGGACGCUUGCUUUGCGAUGGGAUUUCUACAAGAUGAUCGAGAAUUUGUCGAGGCUAUCAAAGAGGCACAUCUUUGGGGUUCCGGUCCAUUUUUACGCAAGUUAUUUGUGACAAUGUUGUUAUCUUCUUCCAUGAACAGACCGGAACAUAUGUGGCGAAAGACUUGGAUGUAUUUAUCAGAUGGCAUUCUCUACGAGCAACGCUUAUUCACAAGAAAUCAAGGUCUGACAAUGAGCGAUGCCGAGCUCAAAGAAAGGACACUUAUGGCCAUUGAGACACUUUUACAAAAUAACAAUCGAACUCUUAAAGACUUCAAGACAAUGCCAUAUCCAAAAGAUUUUGUCGUAGAGUUUACUGGAAAUAGGCUACUUUACGAUGAACUUCAGUAUGAAGUUGUUGCUCAAAAACAAAUUUUUGAUACUUUGUAUGCGUCUCUUACAGAUGAGCAACGGAGCAUUUUUGAGGAAAUCAUGGAUGCUGUAGAAAAGCAACAAGGUGGGGUGUUUUUUUUAUAUGGCUAUGGUGGGAGUGGUAAGACCUUUAUGUGGAACACUUUAUCAGCAGCACUUAGGUCCAAAAAGAAAAUUGUUUUGCCGGUUGCUUCAAGUGGAAUUGCAAGUUUGUUGUUACCAGGAGGAAGAACAGCUCAUUCUAGAUUUAAGAUUCCCGUUCCUACUUUAGAGACUUCUAUUUGCAACAUUGAAAAAAAAGAUGAUAUUGCUGAGCUGCUUAAGUUUACGGAUUUAAUCAUCUGGGAUGAGGCUCCUAUGGCUAACAAGUUUUGCUUCGAAUCUUUGGACAAAUCCUUAAAAGAUAUCAUGAGUGGCCCCACACAUGCAUCUAAGAAAAUAUUUGGAGGCAAGGUUGUUGUUUUUGGUGGUGACUUCAGGCAAAUUCUCCCUGUUAUACCAAGAGGUACUAGAUCUGAUAUUAUCCAUGCAACAAUUAAUGCUUCUUAUAUUUGGGAUCAUUGUAAAGUAUUGAGACUUACAAAGAACAUGAGAUUGCAAAGUGGUCCACCUACUACUACAGCUGAUGAGAUUAGGAGCUUUUCUGAGUGGAUUUUAAAUAUUGGAGAUGGGACCAUGUGUGAACCUAAUGAUGGUUAUGCUGAUAUCUGUAUUCCAAAUGAGUUCAUAAUUUCAAACUUUUCAGAUCCGAUUCAGGCCAUUGUUGAAGAUACCUACCCUGAUCUCAUUCAUAAUUAUCUUGAUUCCAAUUAUCUUCAAAGUCGUGCGAUUUUAGCUUCAACAAUCGAAGUAGUUGAUGAUAUCAACCAAUAUAUCACUAACCUUCUUCCAGGUGAAGAGAGAGAAUACUUUAGUAGUGAUUCCAUUGAUAGAUCUGAUGUAACUAACUUUGAUGCAUAUGAGCAUGUGACACCCGAGUUCUUGAACGCUCUUAAAACCUCAGGAUUGCCUAACCAUUCAAUCAAGUUGAAAGUCGGGGCCACUAUUAUGUUAAUGCGCAACCUGGAUCAGUCAGAGGGCUUGUGCAACGGCACACGACUAACUGUAACCAGACUUGCUGCCCAUGUCAUUGAAGCGAAGAUCAUUUCUGGGAAAAAUAUUGGUAACAUCUUUUAUAUUCCUAGAAUGUCUUUAUCCCCCUCACAGUCUCCAUGGCCAUUUAAAUUGGUGAGACGCCAAUUCCCAAUCAUUGUUUCCUUUGCCAUGACUAUUAACAAGUCACAGGGCCAGUCACUUGACAAUGUGGGAUUGUAUUUGCCAAAGGAAGUUUUUAGUCAUGGGCAAUUGUAUGUCGCUAUCUCAAGAGUCAAAUCCAAAAAGGGAUUAAGGAUUCUUAUUCAUGACAAAGAGAAACAACCUAUGCUCUCUACCACCAAUGUUGUUUUCAAGGAAGUCUUUCAUAACAUUUAA